UACUAAUCCGGGCGGACACGCCGCACCGCGGCUCGAGUCGUGUGAGUCCAGCCGACGUGCAACUGAUUUCUGGAGACUUCGCAGCGGCUCCGUGAUGAGUUAACGGGACCGGGGGAGAGGGAGAGAGAGAGAGAAGGGGGGAGAAACACUUGAUGAAUUAAGUUUUCACUAAGAUGAGAGACAUCUGCCCGACAGCAGCAGAUUGGAGAGAACCUGCCCUGGAGGAAAGCUAACCCACGAAUGGCCUGCCAGUCUGUCGCUGCAGUCAUGGACGAGCAGGCCCUGCUGGGGCUCAACCCGAACGCCGACGCCCGCUACAGGCAGAGGGCCAUGGCAUACUUUGAGCAGCUGAAGGAGUCUCAGGAUGCCUGGGAGGUGUGUGCGGAGGCCCUGGCUAAAGGGAUUUACCAUGACGACCAUGUGAAGUUCUUCUGCUUCCAAGUUUUGGAACAUCAGAUAAAGUUCAGACAUGCCGGUCUGAGUGCUGUUCAGCAGCAGCUCAUCAGAGAGACUCUGAUGAAGUGGCUCCAGUGUCAGCUGAUGAACGCUCAGCCCGAGAAGCCGUUCAUCAGGAACAAGGCGGCCCAGGUGUUGGCCCUCACCUUCGUCAUGGAGUAUCUGACUCUGUGGCCCAAGUUCUUCUUCGACAUCCUGUCUCUGGUGGGUCUGAACCCUCACGGCGUCGACAUCUACCUGAGGACGCUGAUGGCCAUCGACGCCGAGGUGGUCGACAGAGACAUCCUCCACACACCUGAGGAGACUCGUAGAAACACUUUAAUCAAAGACACAAUGCGGGAGCAGUGCAUCCCCAGCCUGGUGGAGUCCUGGUUCCAGAUCCUGCAGACGUACCAGCAGUCCCACCCAGAGCUCACCUGUCAGUGUCUGGAGGUGGUGGGAGCCUACGUGUCCUGGAUCGACCUCAACCUCAUCGCCAAUGACCGAUUUGUAAAUCUGCUGCUGAGUCAGAUGUCGGUGGAGGAGCUCAGAGAGGAGGCCUGCGACUGCCUGUUUGAAAUCGUCAACAAAGGAAUGGACCCCGUGGACAAAACCAAACUGGUGGAGUCUCUGUGCCAAGUGCUGCAGUCUGCCGGAUUCUUCAACGUGGAACAGGAGGAGGACGUGGACUUCCUGGCCAAGUUCUCUCGGCUGGUCAACGGGAUGGGUCAGAGUCUGGUGCUGAGCUGGACCAAGCUGGCCAAAGCCGGCAACGUGAAGGACGCCACUGACACGCUCCAGGCCGUGGAGGCCAAGGUGCCGCUGCUGCUGCAGCUGCUGGUGCACGAGGAUGACGACAUCUCGGCCAACAUCGUCGGCUUCUGCUACGAAUACCUGCACGUCCUCAAACAGCUUCCCCAACUGACAGAUCAGCAGAAAACAAACAUAGAGGCGAUCAUGCUCGCUGUGAUGAAGAAACUGACGUAUGAUGACGAGUACAACUUUGAAAAUGAGGGAGAGGACGAGGCGAUGUUUGUGGAGUACAGGAAGCAGCUGAAGAUGCUGUUGGAUCGUUUGGCUCAGGUUUCUCCCGAGCUGCUGCUGGAGGCCGUGCGCCGAGUCUUCACCAACACGAUGCAGAACUGGCAGACGGCCCCGUUCAUGGAGGUGGAGGUGGCCAUCAGGCUGCUGUACAUGCUGGGCGAGGCCCUGCCGGCGUCUCACGGCGCUCAUUUCUCCGGAGACACGGCGAAGACGAGCGCUCUGCAGGACAUGAUGAGGACGCUGGUGUCCUGUGGCGUCAGCAGCUACCGGCACACCUCCGUGUCCCUGGAGUUCUUUGAGACGGUCAUUCGAUACGAUAAAUUCUUCAUCGUGGAGCCUCAGCACAUUCCAAAUGUUUUGAUGGCGUUUCUGGACCAAAGAGGACUGAGACACAACAGCCCAAAGGUCCGCAGCAGAGUGGCCUACCUCUUCUCCAGAUUCAUCAAAACUCUGCACAAACACAUGAAUGCCUUCAUCGAGGACAUCCUGACCAGGAUCCAGGACCUGCUGGAACUCGCUCCUCCCGAAAACGGCUUCCUGGCGCUGCUGACCAGUGACGACCAGCUGUUCAUGUUUGAGACGGCGGGGGUUCUGAUUGUGAACGGAGAGAGUCCUGUAGAGAGGAAACAGGCGCUGAUGAGGAGUCUGCUGACGCCGCUGAUGGAGGCCUUCCGCCUGCUGCUCGCCAAAAUGCCUCAGGAGACGGAGGAGGAGAGACAGGCCGCCCUCGCCGACUGUCUGAGCCACGCCGUCGGAUUCGCCAGUCGGACCAGUAAGGCGUUCAGCAACAAGCAGACGGUGAAGCAGUGCGGCUGUACGGAGGUCUACAGAGACUGUCUGCAGACCUUCCUGCCUGCACUGAGCUGUCCCGUCCAGCGGGGGGUGCUGCGCAGCUCGGUCCGCUCCUUCCUGCACCGAAUGAUCAUCUGCCUGGAGGAGGAGGUGCUGCCCUUCAUCCCCGCCGCCUCCGAACACAUGCUGAAGGACUGCGAGGCCAAAGACCUGCAGGAGUUCAUCCCGCUCAUCAGCCAGAUCACCGCCAAGUUCAAGCGGCAGGUGUCCCCCUUCCUGCAGCAGGUCUUCAUGCCGCUGGUCCUCGCCAUCUUCGAGGUGCUGGCCCGGCCGGCGGAGGACAACGACCAGGCGGCCGCUCUGGAGAAGCAGAUGCUGAGGAGGAGCUACUUCAGCUUCAUCCAGACCAUCACGGGGAGCGGAAUGAACGAGGUGAUGGCCAAUCAGGGAGCAGAGAACAUUGAGCGAGUUGUGUUCACCAUCAUCCAGGGAGCCGUGGAUUUCCCCGACCCCAUCGCUCAGAAAACCUGCUUCAUCAUCCUGUCCAAACUGGUCGAACUGUGGGGAGGUAAAGAUGGCAUGGUGGGCUUCCCCGACUUCAUCUACAAACACAUCGUCCCUGCAUGUUUCCUGGCCCCUCUCAAACCGACCUUCGACCUCUCAGAUGCUCAGACGGUCCUGACGCUGUCCGAGUGCGCCAUCACACUGAAAAUGAUCCACCUCAAACGGGGACCGGAGUUCAUCCAGUUCUUACAGCAGGAGUAUCUGCCCUCGCUCCAGGUGUCACCGGAGAUCUCCCAGGAGCUGUGUCAAGUGCUUCAGCAACCAGAUGUCAAAGUCCUGAAGAACUACAUAAAGGCGUUCUUUCAGCGAGCGAAGCUGUAGGACAUAAAACUGGAAGUUCACCGGGACUGAAAGGACUCUUCACGGGAAGUGGUGGAACAAAAAACAUGGAACUUAGCAUAGGAGCCGCUUUUGCACUUAAAAAGUUAAUGCAUAACAAAGCCCGGUCUGUCUAAGUCUGGAAAAUGGACAGAAGGUCGGUGGACGGAUCAACCCCUCCGGCCGCCGAGAGGACGAGCUGUCCACGUGGACUCGAGACGUGACGGAGCUCGAAUUCUGAUCCGGAAUGUGGAGAACUUGUGCGGAAAGGGCUUUUAGACGUAAAAAACAGAUCCGUCUGGAAACCGCUGGGUAACUAUCCUGGAUCUCCUCUCGGUUAGGAUUUGGGUAUCGAUAGCUUUAUUCUAGUCAGACCUUUACAGUAGGAACCACGUUUCAGAACAUCCUAGAUUGGAGGGUUUUUUGUUUUUGUUUGUUUUUUGUUUUUCUGGGGAUGUCGUUCACUGCCACAGAAGGGACGAAAUUUAAGGGCUGAUUUGCAUAAUUUUGAUUUAAAAUGUGGCUCUGAUUUCCUUUUUUCGAACGCGUUGAGGAACGGACGGUUGAUUUCCAAGUUUGAAGUGAAAAGUGAAGUGAAGUGCUUUCAGCCCGGCUCGACGCGCAUCCGCCUUCCACCCACUCGAUUCUCCUCAGUUCUCAGUUUAAAAUCAGACCUUCUCUGUAUGAUCUCAGCCACUCUUCAUAUUUGUUACCUGAUCGGACAGAGAUGCUCAGUUUGGAGCUUCAUCGGCCCCUCGUGGGGAGUUCACGAUAAAAUUGAAGACAUGGUUUCAGUCCGUGGAAUUUUUUUCUUUCCUGAAAAUGCCACGAACGCUUCUGGCUGUUUUUUUUUAAUUUCCGAUGGAAAUGAACAUAAAAUGGAGGAACAAAGUGUAAAUAAGAGAAUAAGAUGUUAAAAAAUGUAAAUAAUGUUCCUAGGUUGAGUUUUUCUUUCUUUUUUUUCUUUAGCUCUUCAUUCCCAUCUGGAAACUACAUGUGGAAAUGAAAAUGAAAUCAAAGUUAGGAAUGAUUUAAAAAAAGAUUUAACGAAAAACGAAAACUCAAAGUCGGAACUGAGACACUCAGUCAAAGUCAUGAAUUCCUGCAUAAAAUGUCGAUUUGGUCCUUUUGACUCAAUAAAACUGGACGUUGUGACUUAAAAAGGAUUCGCUUUAAAUGAGAAUCAUCAUAUUGAGUAUUUUUUUGGAUGGUAAUUUUUAUUUAUCAUAUUUUUGACUCGUGCAGUUCUGAAUGAGUAUCUGACCUUGCAACUCUCACAGUUGUGGCUUUAAACGUGAACAUUUUGACGAUCACAACGUUAAAAAACGACUCCUCCUGACUUUGACCUUGUGAAUUAGUCUUUCAGUUACAGUCUCACAAAAGUGUCUUACUGUGACUAUUUUCAUCACUUUUUCUUUUUGACCUGCUCAUAGUUUAUCAUCAUUUUCACCUUGUAGAUCUCAUAAUUGGGACUUGACACGCCUUUGAGGUGGUAUCACAUAAUUUUGUCUAAAAGGUUUUAGUUACUAUCUCAUGAUAUUGACAAUUAUUUUUGGGCCCGUAAAUAUAAUUUAUUUAGUAAAAAUCCCAAAUUUUCAGUUACUGUCUCGUAAUGUUUCUUAGUAUCUGCUGUUGACUUGGUUUCUCAGAAUUUGAUCUUUGCAAA